UUUUGGUCAGCGGUAUGCAAACGUCUGUGCUCUUCAGGGAAAAUGACACAUUUUGGUAAUUGUUUUGAAAGAAAAGACAUAAAAGUAACUACAACCACCGCAGCAGACUGACACAAAAAUUCGCUUUUCUUCAAAUGUUAAUGCACAGUUACUUUUUACCUCGUGAACUUAAAAAACAGACUUCGUACAGGCUGCCAAUAACCGCACAGCGACGAAAAUGAACGAAGUCCGACUGGGGAACAGUUUCGGUAAACAUGGCGGCCAAGGCGCUUCGGCAGCGAACCAGGCGAGGCAGCAGACAAGAUGCAAACAACGUGAACGUCCCUGCCGAAGCUCGGCCACCGAAAGAGGAGAAAGGCGCCGAUGACAGUAAAAUCACAGACACUCGGCAAGAGUCAAUAAGUCGCGGAGGGCAGGUCUGGGCUCCAGAAGGUUCUACUGCAUUUAAAUGCCUGCUCUCUGCACGUUUCUGUGCAGCUUUGCUCAGCAACAUAUCAGACUGUGAUGAGACCUUCAACUACUGGGAGCCUAUGCACUACCUACUGUACGGCACAGGGAUGCAAACAUGGGAAUACUCUCCGUUGUACGCCAUCAGAUCUUAUGCUUACUUAUGGUUACAUGCUCUUCCUGCUUGUUUGCAUGCCCAUGUUCUACAGACAAACAAGGUGCUGGUGUUCUACUUUGUACGAUGUGUCUUAGCAUUCUCCUGCUGUGUCUGUGAACUCUAUUUCUACAAAGCAGUUUGUAAGAAGUUUGGUUUGCAUGUGGGCCGUCUGAUGUUGGCAUUCCUUGUCCUGAGCACGGGAAUGUUCUGCUCGUCUGCAGCUUUCUUGCCUUCCUCUUUCUGUAUGUAUACCACGCUGGUUGCCAUGACCGGGUGGUUUCAGGACUCCACACCAUUAGCCAUUGUGGGCGUGGCUGCCGGUGCCAUCGUUGGGUGGCCGUUCUCUGCUCUGAUUGGGGUUCCGAUUGCCUUCGACCUGCUGGUGUUAAAGACGCAGUGGAAAACUUUUAUCAUCUGGUCAGCCGUUGCUCUGCUUCUGCUGCUGGUGCCGCUGGUGGCAGUGGACUCUUUCUUUUAUGGAAAACUGGUCAUUGCUCCACUGAAUAUUCUAUUGUAUAAUGUCUUCACACCACAUGGACCCGAUCUUUAUGGUACAGAGCCGUGGCAUUUCUACUUUGUAAAUGGGAUCCUGAACUUCAAUCUGGUGUUUGCUCUGGCACUGUUUUCGCUGCCACUCACCGCUCUUAUGGAGACACUGUUACACAGGUUCAAUGUGCAGAACCUGGGCCGCCCAUACUGGCUGACUUUGUCUCCCAUGUAUCUAUGGAUGUUGGUUUUCUUCACCAGACCUCAUAAAGAGGAACGUUUCCUCUUUCCCAUCUACCCUCUUAUCUGCCUCAGCGGGGCAGUGGCCCUCUCCUCUCUACAGAAAUGCUACCAUUUCCUGUUCCAGCGAUACCGACUGGAGCACUACACGGUCUCCUCCAACUGGUUGGCUCUAGGUGCAGUCGCGGUCUUCACAGUGUUGUCACUGUCUCGCUCUGUUGCCCUCUUUAGAGGCUACCAUGCCCCCCUGGAUCUGUAUCCAGAGUUUCACCGAAUCGCCAAGGAUCCGACUCUUCAUUCAGUCCCCGAAGGCAGACCUGUCAGUGUGUGUGUGGGCAAAGAGUGGUACCGCUUCCCAAGCAGCUUCCUACUGCCGCACAACUGGCAGCUGCAUUUCAUUCAGUCUGAGUUUAAGGGGCAACUGCCUCAGCCGUACACCUCUGGUCCUCUGGCCACACAGAUCAUCCCAGCUAAUAUGAAUGACCAGAACCUGGAGGAGCCAAGCAGAUAUCUGGAUUUACGGCAGUGCCACUACUUAGUGGACCUGGACGUGGAUGAAGAGACGCCACUUGAGCCAUGUUAUUCAGCCAACAAAGAGGAGUGGAGCGUCAUAGCCUAUAAGCCUUUCCUUCAGGCAUCAAGGUCAUCUCCUCUCUUCAGAGCGUUCUACAUCCCAUUUAUAUCAGACCAUCACACCACCUACAGGCGCUACGUCAUCUUGAAACCACGGCGGCAAAAGCAGACUCGUAGGCGUACCCAUGGCUGACCUUUGAACCUCAGCCUGGCCCAAAGACCUACAAAAUCCUGACAACAGAAAUCAAUCACUUCCGCUCAACACAGCUGGUAUUUGUGUGUGAUUGUUGGAGUGUGUAUGCAUGUGUAUUUGUCUCAUGAAACAUUGGAAGAUAUCAGACCCUUUAAGGACAUUAUGUCUGCUUGUGUGUGUGAGUGUGACUGAAGGUAUAAUGGUAUGUAUGCAGGUGUACUUGGCAGGAAUCAGCUGGACAUUUUAUCACCUCGUGCGUGUGUGUGUGUGUGUGUGCGCGCGCGUUUGCGCGUUUGCGUGUAACUGAAUGUAUUAUAGUGGAUGCACACUACAAGAUUUUACAUGUAUUUAGCCCAGGACUGGCCGUUACAAACAGAUGUGGCCUGAAAGAAUUUUUCUGAAUAAUUAAUCUAAGAAAUCUUGUAGUGUUUGCUUAUCUGCAAUUGAACAGUAUCUUAUCGUGUGCUCUGUUGGGUGUGAGUGGUGGAGAUGAAGAAAGGCGAGUGUGUGCUAUUAAUUUAAAUUGGAAUGUUAAUAAAACAUGAUUGACUGUGAAUAAUCCUUUUUGUAUUGGGACAGUAAAAUCUCUACACCACAGGCUGAUCAAUUCAAUUGUAAUCUCAUUUUAUUUGAAGAUUUCCUUAUGUAACAAACAUAAAAACCACUCUCACUUACAGGAGAGGAGGGAUGUCAAGGCGUACAUUCUGAAUAAAUAAUAAUAACGAU